ACAAUGGUCUUUACCGACUCUUCUUCUCGCAUCAGGAAUUUGUAACAUGCCAUAUUUUUACCAAUGGGUAUAUCUGGAGAACCAAAUGUCACCACGGAACAGGGCAAUUUCAAGUUUUUGAAAAUGCCAGCGGUUUAUGCCUCCGCACAUUUCAUCGGAGCUUUCUUGUCGCUGCGUUUUGCCAUUGGAGCUUCAUCCUAGGACUGGAUUGGCCGCUAAUGGUCCCAGCUGUGCGAUUUCGUUAGCUCACGGAGACCGCAGUUGUCAUUGAUCCAUUGAAGGAGCCUACAUACAGUAACGUUAGCCUAAAGGAAAAAAACGGUGAGAUGAUGUGCGAGGUGAUGCCCACCAUCAGCGAGGACACGGCGCUGAGCCAGCGGGGCUCCCAGAGCAGUACCUCGGACCCAGACUCCCACUUUGAGCAGCUGAUGGUCAACAUGCUGGAUGAGAGAGACCGCCUGUUGGACACGCUGAGGGAGACCCAGGAGAGCCUGGGGAUGUCCCAGCAGCACCUGGAGGACGUUAUCUACGACCGGGACUCACUGCAGCGCCAGCUCAGCUCCGCCCUGCCACAGGAGUUUGCAGCCCUGACCAAGGAGCUGAACGUGUGCAGAGAGAACCUUCUGGAGAAGGAGGAGGAGAUCUCUGAGCUCAAGGCCGAGAGGAACAACACCAGGUUGCUUCUGGAGCAUCUGGAGUGCCUGGUGUCCAGGCAUGAGCGGUCACUACGUAUGACUGUGGUCAAGCGGCAGGCCCAGUCCCCCUCAGGCGUGUCCAGUGAGGUGGAGGUCCUCAAAGCGCUCAAGUCCCUGUUCGAGCACCACAAAGCUCUAGACGAGAAGGUGAGGGAGAGACUGCGGGUGUCGCUAGAGAGGGUCUCUGCAUUGGAGGAGGAGCUAACAUCAGCCAACCAGGAGAUUGUGGCCUUACGGGAGCAGAAUGCCCACAUCCAGAGGAAGGUGGCGUCAGGGGACGGGUCAGAGGACAUGCUGGAGGGCACUGAUGCCAGCCAGAAGGUACAUAGCAAGCGCCUGUCCAACGGCUCCAUGGAGUCGGCCCAUGAGGCCAGCCAGGUGGUGGAGCUGCAGGACCUGCUGGAGAAGCAGAACUAUGAGCUGGCCCAGAUGAAGGAGCGCAUGUCCUCCCUGUCAUCCCGCGUCUCCGAGGUGGAGCAGGAGCUGGACACCGCGCGCAAGGACCUCAUAAAGACAGAGGAGAUGAGUACCAAGUACCAGAGGGACAUCAAAGAGGUGAGGAGAGAGGCUAUGUGUCAGAAGGAGGACAUGGAAGAGAGGAUCGUCACUCUGGAGAAGCGGUACCUCAGCGCCCAGAGAGAGUCCACCUCCCUGCAUGACAUCAGUGACAAACUGGAGAAUGAGCUGGCCAAUAAGGAAGCCUUCCUCAGACAGAUGGAGGAUAAGAACAGGCAGCUGCUGGAGCGUUUGGAGCUAGCAGAGCAGAAGCUCCAGCAGACCAUGAGAAAGGCUGAGACCCUGCCAGAGGUGGAGGCUGAACUGGCCCAGAGGAUAGCAGCACUCACCAAGGCAGAGGAGCGUCACGGCAGUAUUGAGGAACGCAUGAGGCACCUGGAGGGCCAGCUGGAGGAGAAGCACCAGGAGUUGCUCAGAGCUCGGCAGAGAGAAAAGAUGAACGAGGAACACAACAAGCGCCUGUCGGACACGGUGGACAGACUUCUCACAGAGUCCAACGAACGUCUUCAGCUCCACCUGAAAGAGAGGAUGGCUGCUCUGGAAGAGAAGAACGUUUUAAUACAAGACUCGGAAGGCUACAGAAAACAGUACGAGGAUUCAAUCCAUGAAAAAACUCAUCUGGCAGAUGAGAUAGACAAGCUGAGAUCAGAGUUGGACCAGUUCCGACUGAGAACAGGCUCACUCACAGAACCCACUCUGUCACGGUAUGGGUCUCACCUGGACACGUCGGGGGAGCUCCGUUUCUCCCUUGGCUCCCUGGCUGAGACCCAGUCAGACCACUACCGGUCAGCCAAGGUCAUCCGCAGGCCCAGGAGAGGACGCAUGGGUCUCCACAGGGACGAGAGCAAGGCUAAGUCACUGGGGGAGCACGAGUGGCGCUCUCAGCAGUUAGGCAUCCUGGGUAGCCACCCCUUUGAGAGUGAGAUGUCUGACAUGUCGGACAUUGAUGACGAUGACCGGGAGACCAUGUUCAGCUCCAUGGACCUGCUGUCCCCCGGCGGUCACUCAGACGCCCAGACCCUAGCCAUGAUGCUGCAGGAGCAGCUGGACGCCAUUAACAAAGAGAUACGACUGAUCCAGGAAGAGAAGGAGUCGACAGAGCUACGGGCGGAGGAGAUAGAGAACCGCGUGGCCAGCGUCAGCCUCGAGGGUCUCAACCUGGCCCGUAUGCACCACCCCGGAGCCUCCAUCACCGCCUCGGCCACCGCCUCCUCCCUGGCCUCUUCCUCCCCGCCCAGCGGACACUCCACCCCCAAGCUGGACCACCGCAGCACCACAGACAUGGAGCGCAUGGGUAUCAUGACACUGCCCAGUGAUCUGAGGAAACACAGGAGAAAGAUUGCGGCUACCGACGAUGACGGCCAGGACAAGGCUACCAUCAAGUGUGAGACGUCCCCUCCUCCUACGCCCCGGACCGUACGCAUGACCCGCACACUGCCAGCCUCCUCACACAACGAGGCCCGAGGCAUUGCUGCCAACCUGGAGGCAGAGGCCAGUGCUCUGAGCAGCGUAGCCAGCAGUCAGGACUCCAUCAACAAGCAGCCCAAGAAGAAGGGCAUCAAGUCCUCCAUCGGACGCCUGUUUGGCAAGAAGGAGAAGACCAGACUGGCACAGCUGCAUGCCCACAGGGAGGCCAUCGGGCAGAGCCAAGGAGUAUCUGAUCCAGACCUGGGUCAGGACAUGGCUGUGGGGAAGCUGGGGACUCAGGCUGAGAAAGACCGCCGUCUGAAAAAGAAGCACGAGUUGCUGGAAGAGGCGAGGAGGAAAGGCUUACCUUUCGCCCAAUGGGACGGCCCCACAGUGGUGGCCUGGCUGGAGCUGUGGCUGGGGAUGCCCGCCUGGUACGUGGCGGCGUGUCGUGCCAACGUGAAGAGCGGUGCCAUCAUGUCGGCCCUGUCGGACACAGAGAUCCAGAGGGAGAUUGGCAUCAGUAACCCCCUGCACCGCCUCAAACUACGGCUGGCCAUCCAGGAGAUGGUGUCCCUCACCAGUCCAUCUGCCCCGCCAACCUCCAGAACCCCGUCAGGCAAUGUAUGGGUGACCCACGAGGAAAUGGAGACCCUCGCAGCACCCUCCUCCAAAACGAGGUCCGGGGAGUCCGAGGAGGGGAGCUGGGCGCAGACUCUAGCUUAUGGUGACAUGAACCAUGAGUGGAUAGGGAACGAGUGGUUGCCCAGUCUAGGACUACCUCAGUACCGCAGCUACUUCAUGGAGUGCCUGGUGGACGCCCGCAUGCUGGACCACCUCACCAAGAAGGACCUCCGGGUGCAUCUCAAAAUGGUGGACAGCUUUCACAGGACGAGUUUGCAGUAUGGUAUCAUGGGUCUGAAGAAGCUCAACUAUGACAGGAAAGAGCUGGAGAGACGCAGAGAGCACAGCCAGCAUGAAAUGAGAGACGUGCUGGUGUGGAGCAACGAGCGGGUGAUACGCUGGGUCCAGAGCAUCGGCCUAAAGGACUAUGCCAACAUCCUGCUGGAGAGCGGCGUGCACGGGGCCCUGGUCGCCCUCGACGACAACUUUGACCACACCAGCUUGGCGCUGCUCAUCCAGAUCCCCAACCAAAGCACUCAGGCACGUCAGAUUCUGGAGAGGGAAUAUAAUAACCUGCUAGCCCUGGGCACUGAGAGACGACUGGACGAGUAUGAAGAUAAUGACCUCCGGGGGCCAUCGUGGAGGAGGCAGUUCCCCCCGCGGGACGUCCAUGGGAUCAGUAUGAUGCCCGGCUCGGCAGAGACCCUCCCCGCUGGCUUCCGCGUCACCACCGGCUCACACUCCCGUAGGCUACCCCCCGAAGUUGGCCCCUUAGCAGUGCAGCGUCUGGACAGCUCUACAGUGAGGACAUACUCCUGCUGAGGGAGGAGAAGAGAGACUGUAAGCUGUCCAGAUACUGUAUGUAGAGAAGGUCUUACUGUACCUUGGAGCUGCAGGACUGGUUAUCCUGCCUGGAACAAACAUUCUGACGAGACGCACUGCCAAGAAGCACCCCCCUACCUACCCUCCCACCCAACCUACCCCCAAAAAGAGGGGGGGGGGGCAGCGAGGGGUGCCUCGUGCCAAUCCGCCCCCCCUCUGCACUUACAAGUCAAGGCCCCCUGAAACCUGGGCAGCAGCUGCCGGUGCUACUUUCCUUCAGUCUGUCCUGUUGUCACCGUUUCUACCUUUUACAUGUACAAUAACUUGUUGAAGCAUAAUGUACUGUGUAUUUCUUCUACCAGGAGAUGUGUAGGUUAUCUGUAAAUUAAUAUAAAUAUGAGGUUUUUUUAAUAUAUAUAUAUAAAUAUAUACACAUCUAUAUUACAAAAAAAAAAGAUAUUCAGAGUUUGUGCAAAUAACCCAUAACCCCCCCCUUCCCAUUUCAUGACCUUAGUUAAACAAUGCUGCUCUUUGAAUAUUUCUCCAUCAUUCCCUGAGAGACCAUUUUGUACAUAGUUAUUUUCCAUUGUGCCGAUAAAUUUGUGUUUUCACCUUGGAGAGACUGUCCAUCUGGUCGCCAUGUGACCCCCCCCCCAAGCUGGUAAAGCCUUCCCUCUAGUGGCGUGUACAGCCCCAUGUAUCUGAGUCACCAGCCACAGCCCCUCACCUCACAAUCAUGACGGAGCUCAUCUCAUAGCAAAGCAUUCUGGGAGGACACAAACGCACUGUGAUGUCUACUGAUGAUGUGACAAGCACUUUGAUACAACCACAGAAAAUUGGACUACAGCCACAGACAGACUCCACUCUGAAGCUACUCAGCUCAGAGAUCAACUAACAGCAGGAACACUUCAUCAGAUGAUCUCACUCACCUACAGUACUUUGACCAUAAAGCCAUACAUUAAUAAACUCAAGCUGGACUUUUUUUAUUUUGUCGUGGGGUCCGACUCAGCAUCGCUGAGAAAUAACUGAAAGACAGACUGCUUAACUCAGUGUGCGUAGACUGUAUAUGAACAUGUCGAAGUGAGGUGAAUUUUAAUGAUAAACCUGUUGCUUGCUGUGACAUUGGUGUAACUGUUAACUCUUUGUUUUUGUCUGAGUUGCCAGGGAAACCUAUUGUACAGCCCUCCUACCUGUCUUUGAGUUAUUUCUGCUGGAGUACUCGAUCAAGUUUGACUUUUUUGUUGACUUUUACAUCCUCGAUUUGCACAAACAAAGAAUCAUUUUAUUUUGUGUCCAUUUUUUAUUCAUUACUAAUUGUAUUUUGGUCAAAGUGGUGAUCAAACAAAUUUUCAUUGCCAAUAAAAAAAAUACUGUC